AUGGUUCUACGAAACGUACUUUAUGUGCCAAACUAUGAAGUGAACCUGUUUUCUGUCAAUCGAUCCGUCAGAUUUGGGCACAAAUUCGUAUUUAAUAAAAGUGAAGCAAAGUUAACAUUAAAUCAUGGUCCACAAGUCAAUCUCACUGAAGACAGUGGUUUAUUUUAUCUGAAGAUUACCUUUCAAAGGUCCAGUGCAUGUCAUUCGACCACUUACAACACAAAUAAAGCAUCAAUCAAAGGAGGUAUUAAUCUGUGGCACCAAAGGCUCGGACACUUAAACAAGGAUGACGUCAAACGCACCAUUGGCUGUAAAGAUAAUUUGAAGGAAGUAUGCGAAACGUGUGCACUUGGAAAGCAAUCUAGUAAACCUGUACCGAAAGAAACGCAGAACAAGUCGCAGAAAGUUCUCGAACUCGUUUACUCAGAUAUACUCGGUCCAUUUGAAGUACCUAGCCUCAGUGGAUCUAGAUAUGCGAUUACAUUUAUCGACGAAUACUCGAAACAUUCCAUCGUAAAGUUUAUGAGCAAGAAAUCCCAAGCUUUUGAAAAUUUAAAGAGUAUGUAGCUGAAUAUGGAACACCUCAAAGACUGAGAACUGACAAUGGAGCUGAAUACACAUCGAAGCAAUUCAAGGAUUACUGCAGAGACUCAAAAAUAAAGCAAGAAUUUACUGUUCCAGAAACCCCACAACAGAACGGAGUUGCAGAACGCUUCAAUCGAACUGUAGUUGAAAUGGGACGGUCUCUGUUAAUACAAGCCAAGUUACCAAAGUGCUACUGGGUAAGAGCCUUAUCUACAGCAGCUCACAUACGAAAUCUUACAGUAACUGCCAAUAGCAACCAAGGAAAGAGUCUUUUUGAACUCUUUACCGGAAAACCACCAAGGCGCAACCAGCUACGAGUUUUUGGCUGCACGGCAUAUGUUAUGAAAAGAAAGAUCAACAUGAAGAAGCUGGAUUCGAGAUCGGUGAAAGCCAAAUUUAUCGGUUAUGAUGACAAAAGCACAGCCUACAUCUUGCAAGAAUUCGACUCAAAAAAGGUCAUCAAAGCACGUAAUGUCAUCUUCAAAGAGAACGAAAUCCAGUCAUUCUCAGCCAGAGAAACGAUGAGUCCGGACAACCCAAACCUUGUGAGUCCAAACAUGGAUUUUGAAGAUGAUCGCUCGAAUGACGAAGCCACAAAGAUACCGGUCCAAGCUAGAGUGGGGGAAAAUGAUAAGACACCUGUUGUUCAAAAUCCACAUCAAGUCGAAGAAAACCCUGAGGAAGACGAAGUCGCACUCCCCAGAGAAAGCAGAAAUCGUCGCCCCCCCGGAACGAUAUGGAUUACCCUACACGUUUAA